GCCGCCGUUCAGUUCCACCUCACAUCAGCAGAGGGAAGCGUCGCGCGCCGCUCUUCGCCUCAGACAAUAAAAACAAGGCGAAGCAUCUCGGCUCCGUUCGACGCCUGGCGCCGCGUGCGAGCGAGCGAGCGGGGACGGAAUGGACUCUCGGCCGCCGAGCUGCGACUAGAGAUGUAGCUGCCGCGAUGCCGGACAAGCGCGUGUGCCGUCUGCUGCUGCUCGUGGGGAUCUGCGCGCUGCGGGCGCCGGCCAAGUCUCUUCCAGAUCCGGGAGCGUUCGAGGUUCAAAUCAAGGUCCAGGUGUUCGACAACAGCGACCUGUCGCCGCUGGCCGGGGCGCAGGUGGAGGUCCACAGCAACCAGACCCGGAUCCUGGCGUCCAGCCGAGCAGGCGGCGACGGCGUGGUGCGGGUCAGCUUCCUGUACCGAGCCGGGACCUGGGUCAUCAUCACAGCCUCCAAACAGGACUACGUCACCAACUCUGUGCCCUGGCACUCCAGCCGCAUCCCCCUGUACGCGUCCGUCAGCCUGUACCUGCUCGUUCAGAGGCCCGGAACGCUCAUCCUGUACGAUGACGUCCUGCAGGUUCUGUCCGGGUCGCCAGGAGCUCGGAACCAACCGCUGGUGCAGCUGCAGAGGAAGACGCUUCAUCUGGCGUCCAGCUCCAACUACACGGCGCUGUCUGCUGCUCUGACCACCGCCAGGAGCCAGUACGAGAUCGGCGGGUUCCCGUUCCUGCUGGGACAGGAGACCAACAGCUCAGGUGCAGAAAUCGGCUGGACGGAGCUGACGGCGCUGGCGGUGCUCAGCGUCCAGCUCUUUGACAAAGACGGGAGCGAAAUCCAGAUCUCAGAUCCGAUCCACAUCUCGGUGCCGCUGCCGUCCGACACUCGGAACCGGAUGGCCACCAGUGUACCGGCGUGGCUGUAUCAGCCCAGGACGGGGCUGUGGGCUCGGAACGGGACGGGGUACAUCAAAAAGGAUGGGAACCAGUUCGUGUGGAACGUCGUGGUUCCUCAGAUGGGAUACUGGUUGGCUGCGUUCCCCUCGUCUUCAGGACUGGGGCUGUCGCACCCGGGCCUGAGGGACAUCACCACCUACCACACCCUGUUCCUGCUCUCCAUCCUGGGCUCGCUGGCCCUGCUGGUGCUGAUUCUGCUCUGUGUGCUGCUCUACUACUGCAGGCGGAAGUGUUUGAAGCCGCGUCGACAGCAGGGCAAACCCGACUCCUCUAAUCUAAACGGAGCCAAGCGAGACCAGGGAACGUCCACGUCGCGCCUGAACCUGAUCUGUGGAGGCCACACGGAGUCCGGUCCCUCCAACGACAAGUCUGACAUGUCUCCGUCUCAAGGCUACCAGAGCGCACGGGAAGAUCUGACCAAACACGUUCCAGCUCACAUGCUGCGACACACAAAGGCCAAAAACUCGGGCUCUCAACGGGGCGAGAGCUUCCCCAUGAAGGUCACUCGCGCCACAGAGACCAACAACCUGGACAACCCCCUGCUGCACGAAGACUACAGCCGGAGCUACAGCCCCAUGGAGGGCAAGGAGCCCGAAUACCACCGGCACCACAAUGCUAACGACAACCGCGGCUACUCCUCCGACCCGCCGUCGCCGCCGCGCUUCCAGGGCUACGUGCCCAGUCAGUCCGACAAGCCUCCGGAGUACUCGGCCGCCGCCGCCGACAGCCUGGCCAGGCCCACGUCCCUCAACACCCAGCCGGGCCAGAUCAUCUUCUGCAGCUCCAUCGACCAGAUGAAGGAGAACAUGUACCGCAGCAUGGUGCCCACGCUGGUCAUCCCGGCACACUACAUGCGCCUCCCGUCCGAGUUCUCGGGCAAAGACGGCAAAGACCAGAAGGACCAGGACAAGGACGGGGCGCCGACGGGAGGAGGCCCGCAGCACCACCACCACCACGCCCAGAAGCCGGGCCAGCAGCAGCAGCCGGGCGGGUCCCAGGGCGCCGGCUCCGAGGAGCCCAGCUGGGCGUCGGACUCCUCCGGAGGACCCGUGACCAUCCCCGUGCUCUUCAACGACUCCACCAUGGCCCAGAUGAACGGGGAGCUGCAGGCCCUGACGGAGAAGAAGCUGCUGGAGCUGGGAGUCAAGCAGCACCCGCGGGCGUGGUUCAUCUCUCUGGACGGACGCGCCAACGCCCACGUGCGCCACUCCUACAUCGACGCCGGCAACGACCUCAGCGGCGGCGGGUUCUGCUCCAGCAGCGCCGCGCGGGACGUGAACCUGGAGCCGCCGCUGGAGGCCCAGGAGCGGAAGUCAGCGGGGACCCGCAAGGGGAAGGACGAGCGGUGGGGGACGGGAGGCCGCAAGGCGCACGGCGGCGGCAGCGGCGGCGGCAAGAACUACUCCAAGCUGGCCUACCCCGACCACAGCGAGCCCAGCAGCAGCAGCGAGGGCCGGCCCGUCUCCCCGGAGGAGAACUCCCUCACGCCCCUGCUCGACGAAGGCCCGUCGUCCAGAGGAUCCACCAUCACCCGCAGAGGACGCAGCCGCGUGAACAGCAGCCGCAGCAGCAACAGCGAGAACCGCCGCGACUCCAUGACCAGCCCCGAGGACGACCCCGACGACAAGGACGAGAACAAGAAGAGCCCCUGGCAGAAGAUCGAGGACAGGCCCCUGAUGGUGUUCCACCCCAGGAAGUGAGCUGCUCACAGAGCCUAAAGCACAGCCACGCUUCACUCCUGCUCCUCGUUGGACCUGAGGCGGCGCCGCCUCGUUCCGACCCCCGUUAGUCCACUGUCCGUUAACCCUGGUUUCCACUGAGAUGGUCUGUCGUGAAUCCUGCCACCUGAUACUCACUGCACCAUCGUCUGAGCCAUGACUGACUGUGGACAUAGCCAUUUUAUAGAGUAAAUAUAGGAAUAAAGCACUUACUAAUAAUUUAAUAACGGUACGAUCGUGGAGGAAGGUGAUUAAGUAGGUUUCCUCCCUGGACUUUUUCUACACAGUUGAUGGUAUUCACCCCCCCCCUGUUUCCUACACUAUAGCCACUGUAGGACACGUGUUUUUUAAAGUUGGCGACGUCCCAAAGCCUGAAUCUGUAGAGAGUUCCUGAAUGGAUCUGAUUGUUUUCUAUUGGAGACCCUGUAGACGGAAAACGCAUCCUGUGAAAUGUGUGACAUUCGCUCCUUCAGGGAUGUUUCAUUUUCUUCUCCUUCUUUACUGUCGUCACGUGUGGUAACUACUCAUUCAGACAGGAAUCAUUUCAAGCAUCGUCCAUUCUUCACUGUAUUCUUCACACGUACACCUCUGCCAAAACCACGCAGUUCUGCCUUUCUCCUGGUGUUGAGAUUUUUUGGGACUCCUUUGCAAUUAAGUUGUGUAAAUAGAUUUCCAGACAUUUGAAACCAUUUGCUGUUGAAGGACUGCAUGCAUAUGAAUGUAUGACACAAACAGAAGGCACCGAUGGCCCCCACGCUCCUCUGGGUUCCUUUGGUCUCCUCUGGGCUCCUCUGGGCUCCUCUGGGUUCCUCUGGGCUCCUUUGGGUUCCUCUGGGCUCCUUUGGGUUCCUCUGGGUUCCUCUGGGCUCCUUUGGGUUCCUCUGGGUUCCUCUGGGCUCCUUUGGGUUCCUCUGGGUUCCUCUGGGCUCCUUUGGGUUCCUCUGGGCUCCUUUGGGUUCCUCUGGGCUCCUCUGGGUUCCUCUGGGCUCCUUUGGGUUCAUCUGGGCUCCUUUGGGUUCCUCUGGGCUCCUUUGGGUUCCUCUGGUUUCCUCUGGGCUCCUCUGGGCUCCUAUGGGUUCCUCUGGGCUCCUUUGGGUUCCUCUGGGUUCCUCUGGGCUCCUUUGGGUUCCUCUGGGCUCCUCUGGGCUCCUCUGGGUUCCUCUGGGUUCCUCUGGGUUCCUCUGGGCUCCUUUGGGUUCCUCUGGGCUCCUCUGGGUUCCUCUGGGCUCCUCUGGGUUCCUCUGGGCUCCUUUGAGUUCCUCUGGGUUCCUCUGGGCUCCUUUGGGUUCCUCUGAGCUCCUUUGGGUUCCUCUGGGCUCCUUUGGGUUCCUCUGGGCUCCUUUGGGUUCCUCUGAGCUCCUUUGGGUUCCUCUGAGCUCCUCUGGGCUCCUGACCUACGCAGGACCGGAGCCACUUCUCUCCUGUAAGUGCCUUCUCUCACAUGGGAUCCAGUGAUAGGCAUGCAGGUCCCUUUUCAAGUGCAGGUAGUCGUCACCUAACCCGAUAAGCACACUGCAUCGUGGGAAGAACCACACGUGUCCUGGGGAGCAUGCCUGUCCAACCGGAGCUCUUCAUUUCUUAUAUCUACUGUAUCCCCUUUUUCACCAAACCUGUAAAUGGUAUGAACUAUAUGAGAUUCUUUGUGUAAACAGUCUGAUGUGCAUGUAACCUGUAGAAUAGGGUGUUUUUAUUGAAGCCUUUUUGACUUGAUCCUGAGGAUGUUUGGCACAAAAUGUGAUGCACUGACGCGUUGAAUUGCCAAAUGAACUCUGCUAUAAGACUCACUGACGUCUCCCUUAGUCUAGUUCUAACAACCUUCACUUCCGGUCGUAAAUGUUUACAACGAUGACAUACUGACCAACGCUCCUGCUGUUACUAGCCUCACUGCCCACGACGCAUCAGCAACUGUGAAUUUAUGCCACUUCGCAGGUUUGUGAUGACUCAUCCGUUUCGAACGCUGGAGGUGAAACGCUGCAUAAACGUCACGCUGUCUCAUUCGCUUGCUGUUCAUAAGCUCGUUUCCGUCGCCUACAGAACAAGCUGAAAUGUGAUGUGAUGAAUAGCACAGCCUUGAAGUGUCCACUGCUGUAAUGUACAUUAUGGAUUUACUAUGAGUUGUGCAACUGUGAGUUUCCUUGCCUUGUUUUUCUCUGUAGACUUUGUGAACCUGUGUUUGGACCGUUCAGAAAUGCUUUGUUGGGUUUCGUUGGGAGGAUUGAACUGUAGGCCUUCAUCCUGUGCCGUAACAUUUGCUUCAGAAACCCGGUCAGUUGUUUGUAAACUGUAAAUUGAUUCUUUCUGUACAAACAGAAUAGAAAUAAAUUUGUUGCCACAGUC